AUGUCCGUCGACCUCAACUGGGAGACGCUGACGAGCGGACCCGACGGCGACGCCCUCGCGGAGCGCAUCCGCACCUUCAUCCACGACAAGUUCCAGACGGUGCCGCUGCCGCGCUUCAUCCGCAGCGUCAACGUCCAUGGCUUCGACUUUGGCAAGAUCCCGCCCGAGCUGGAGCUCAAGGACAUGACGGACCCGCUGCCGGACUUUUACGAGCACGAGCUGGAUGACGACGAGAGCGAAGACGAUGAGGACCAUGACGAUGAAGGGGACGAGCAGCAGCAGGAUGCGCUGUCGGCGGCGGCGGCCGUUGCUGCGGCUGCGGCGGCCGCUUCGACGCAGGGAGGCGGCAGGAAGAGUAGACCGCCGGGCGGGCUGCGCACUACUGGGCUGAGGGGCGAGUUCGACAUGGGGAGUCCGUUCCUGGGCACGUCGACGCCGGGGAUCCUCGGCGGGCCGGGUAGGAAUUACUUCCAGGGCCACCUCGGGACGGGGACACACACGCCGCUCGCUGCGGUGGCGGGCGCGCAGCCGCGCGGCAACGGGGGCUGGAUGGGCGGCGGCAGCGGCACUCUCUCGCCGGCGCUCGCGUACUACGACGAUGACUACGACGGCAAUGAUGCGGCGGCUCAUGGGUUCGGCGCGGGCGGGUACCAUCAGCACCACGGGCGGCACCCGUCGCAGAGCAGCGUGCUCUCCUCGGUGGACAACUUCCUCGAGCACCCGGACCACCCUGCCGCGCAGGCCCUGCGCGAAAAGUCAAGCGUGUCGACCCUGGCGCCCACAUCGGUGAGCACGUCUCGCCCGCCGACGCGCGACGCGGCGCACUUUAGCGAGUCGGCCAUCAUCGACGACGAUGACGGUGAUGGCACUCGCAACGGCAAUGGACAGCGUGGCAACGCUGCUUCUGCUACGGCGGAGGCGCAGGCGCAAGGCGAAGAACCGCAGCGGGCGCGGCCGAGGAGGGAGCCGCGCGUCGAGGACGUGCAGGCCGUGUUCCGGAUCCGCUACGCGGGCGACGUGCGGCUCAACCUGACGGCCGAGAUCCUGCUCGACUACCCGAUGCCGAGCUUCGUGGGGAUCCCGCUCAAGCUCAACAUUACGGGCCUGUCGUUUGACGGCGUGGGCGUGCUGGCCAAGAUUCGCAAGCGCGUGCACUUUUGCUUCCUGAGCCCCGAGGACGCCAUCGCCGCCAUCGGGCCGGACACUGACGAGGACGAGGGCGACAACGGCAACGCGAACGGCAGUGCUUCUGCCGCUGCUGCCGCUGUUCCGCGAGGGCCAGGCGGCAGUGCGGAAGGGAAGCAGCAACAGCAAGGACCGCAGCAGCACAAGGGCCGGGUCGGCGGUCUGCUGCAGGAGAUUAGGGUGGAGAGCGAGAUUGGCGAGCGCGACGGCGGGAAGCAGAGCCUUAAGAACGUGGGCAAGGUGGAGAGGUUCGUGCUGGAGCAGGUGAGGAGGAUAUUCGAGGAGGAGUUUGUGUAUCCCAGCUUCUGGACGUUUUUGGUAUGA